AUGCAGCCUUUCAGCAUCCCCGUUCAGAUCACGCUCCAAGGCGGCCGGAGGCUCCAGGGCAGGACUGGUUUUUCAACCUCCGGGAAGAAGAGAAAUCCAGACCGCCAUGACGGAGAGCCCCUGGAAGUGCAUAAGAAACUGCCCUCCAGCGCCGGAGAAGACCGAGCCAUGCUCCUGGGGUUUGCCAUGAUGGCGCUCUCAGUCCUGAUGUUCUUCUUGCUUGGAAUAAACAUCCUGAAGCCGUUCAUGCUCAGUACUCAGAGAGAAGAAUCGAACUGCACUGUUAUCCGCACACACAUCAUGGAAGACUGGCUGGACUGCACUUCCACCUGUGGAGUGACCUGCCAUGGGCAGGGGCAGUACCCCUGUCUCCAGGUGUUUGUGAACCUCACCCACUCAGGUCAGAAAGCUCUGCUACAUUAUAAUGACCAGGCGCUACAGAUCAACGCCAAGUGCUUUUACACACCUACGUGCCACGGAGAUAGGGAUGACUUGCACAACAGUGCUCUGGACAUAAAAGAAUUCUUCGAUCACAAGAAUGGAACCCCCUUUCCAUGCUUCUACAGUCCGGACAGCCAACUGGAAGAUGUGGUUCUCAGAAGAAAGCACGACCAGAUGGUGAUCUUCCACUGUUUGUUUUGGCCCUCACUGACUCUGCUGGGUGGCGCCCUGAUUGUUGGCAUGGUGAGACUGACACAGCACCUGUCCCUACUGUGCCAAAAGGAACGCACUGCAGUCAGAGAGGAGGUAGGUGACCACGUGCCCUUUACAGAACAGCAUCAUUUCCUACUGUGUGGCGUGAGGAGGAGCAGAGGACGGGACAGAGAGAUCGUGAGAUGGUGGCCAAAUUAGAGCCUUGUCUUUUAGGUGCCCUGUCCGUAGUUCAGGAAGGAACUAUGCCUGCCCGCAAAUAAAUCCUAU